AUUAUAGCUAAUUUAUUUUCAAUUUUUGAACCAUCUUCAAGAAUUUUUAAUUUUUCAUUAAACUGAAUUUCAACUCUUUUAGGACUCAUAUUCAUUCCUUACUUAUAUUGAGCUUCCCCCUCACGAUGGUCUCUAUGCUGAAGAGAAAUUAUUUUUACUUUACAUAAAGAAUUUAAAGCUCUUUUAACUCCUUAUUCCUUAGGUUCAACUUUAUUCUUUGUUGGAUUAUUUUCUAUAAUUCUCUACAAUAACUUUUUAGGUUUAUUACCUUAUGUGUUUACUAGAUCAAGACAUAUGGCAAUAACUCUAGCUCUUUCAUUACCUCUUUGAGUAACUUUAAUACUUAGAGGUUGAAUUAAUCAUACUCAACAUAUAUUUGCCCAUUUAGUCCCCCAAGGUACACCUUCUAUUCUUAUACCAUUUAUAGUUUUAAUUGAAACUAUUAGAAAUAUUAUCCGGCCUGGGACUUUAGCUGUACGAUUAGCAGCUAAUAUAAUUGCAGGUCAUCUUCUUCUUACUUUAUUAGGAAAUACUGGUCCCUCUAUAAGAUCUUCAAUUAUUCUUUCAAUAUUAAUCUUUUCUCAAAUCUUACUUUUGACUUUAGAAUCUGCUGUCGCAAUCAUUCAAUCUUAUGUUUUUGCUGUUUUAAGAACUCUUUAUACUGGAGAAAUUAACUAA